GGAGGACGUGGAGUGCUGGGAGGGUCGAGGAGACCUGGGACUGAGGAUGGUGGUGGUGUUCUUGCUGGGGCUCAGCUGGUUCUGCGCUCCCCUGGGGGCUCUGGUUCUGGACUUCAACGACAUCAAGAGCCCUGCCAACGUACCAGGGGCUCAGAAGGGUUCACAGUGCUUGUCUGACAAGGACUGCAGCACCAGAAGAUUCUGCCUCAAGCCCCAAGAGGAGACGUCAUUCUGCACGGCGUGUCGUGGGUUACGGAAGAGGUGCCAGCGCGAUGCCAUGUGCUGCCCAGGAGCGCUCUGCAUGAACGGUGUUUGUACUGCAAUGGAAGAUGCAACCCCGGUAUUGGAAAGGCAGAUGGCUGACCAAGAUGACAUAGAUACAAAAGGACCAACUGAGCAUCCAAUUCAGGAAAACAAACCCAAAAGGAAGCCAAAUGUUAAGAAAUCACAAGGACAAGAGGGAGAAAGCUGUCUUAGAACUUUUGACUGUGGACCUGGGCUUUGCUGUGCUCGUCAUUUUUGGACUAAAAUUUGUAAACCAGUCCUAUUGGAGGGACAGGUCUGCUCUAGGAGAGGGGAUAAAGACACUGCUCAAGCUCCAGAAAUCUUCCAGCGCUGUGACUGUGGUCCUGGACUAUUAUGUCGAAAUCAAGUGACCGGCAGUCAACAACACGCACGGUUAAGAGUAUGCCAAAAAAUCUAAAAAGCUGCAAGUAUUUCAAAAUAAAGAUGACUCUU